AAGUCUUCAAAUUAUCGCCCUCACGUGUAACAGCAUUUUUCCAAAGUCCUUCCUGUUAGUUUAUGUUAUUUAUAUAUUAAGAGGUAAAUAUCUUUGAUCUGUAAAAUUUCAUGUUAAAGGUUGUUGCUUAUUAGCUUGUAUAUUAAAAUUAUAAAUGUUAGGAGUGAUCCAACAUUCUUCCUAGUUAUGCGACCACUGACUGAAGAAGAGACAACUAUUUUUUUCGGAAAAUUAUCGAAAUAUAUUGGUGAAAAUGUCAAGUUAUUAAUCGAUCGGCCAGAUGGAAUUUAUUGUUUUCGAUUACAUAAAGAUCGAAUCUACUACACGAAUGAAAUGCUAAUGAAAAAAGCUGCUCACGUUGCUAGAGAGAAUCUAUUGUCAUUCGGAACUUGCUUUGGAAAAUUUACUAAAAGCAGAAAGUUUCAUUUGCACGUAACUGCUUUGGACUUUUUAGCUCCAUACGCCAAAUUUAAAGUUUGGCUGAAGCCGAGUGCCGAACAACAAUAUUUAUACGGCAAUCACGUGUUGAAGAACGGUUUAGGUAGGAUAACUGAGAAUACAGAAAAAUAUCAAGGAGUUAUUGUAUAUUCUAUGGCGGAUUUACCUCUUGGAUUUGGAGUAGCAGCUAAAUCGACAGCCGAAUGUCGACAUGCCGAUCCCACAGCGAUCGUUUGUUUUCAUCAGGCUGACAUAGGAGAAUACGUUAGAAGCGAAGAUACGCUUUUUUAG